AUGGCCACCCAAGUUGGAACUCGAGCUUUCGAUCCCAAGAAAGUGGGAACUCCGAAUCAAACACUCUACUGUACCAAUUUACCUGAUAAACUUCGCAAGUCCGACCUGCGCUCAUCACUUUACACCCUUUUUUCAACCUAUGGCACCGUCCUCGAUGUUGUGGCCUUGAACACCCCCAAAAUGCGAGGCCAGGCCCACGUCGUCUUUAGAGAUGUACAAGCUAGCACACAAGCAUUGCGCUCACUUGAAGGGUUUGAGUUUUUCGGCAAAGAAAUGAGCAUUGCCUACGCGAAGGGCUCAUCAAAUAUCAUUGCAAAGCUCCGGGGCACAUACGCUGUACCUUCGGCUUCCACCGAACCUAUUGGAGUGUCGACCGAUCUACAAAAGUCCAUUUUCAGUGGCCCACCUGGCACGAUUCCCACGCGACCCGCAGUGGGUGUGGUAAACACGGUUAACGGCGAGGGCCAGGGUCUCAAGCGACCUCGCGAGGAGGAGAGUGACGAAGAUGACGCGCCAAUGGAUGAGGAUAGUGAUGUUUCUAUGGAGGCCUCUGAUGAGGAAUAA